AUGUCAGAAGCAGAGACAGACACAGUGAAAAUUAGAACAAGCUUUGAAAAUGACCAGCAAAAUACUUCAGUGUUGUUGAAAGAAGGAUUGACCAACCUUACCUCACAACCUCUUGGAGACCAAAACAGUUGCACCAAGUCUCUUCCUCUGCAAGUUCUCCCUAUCGUAAUUCUGAAUACAGCAGAUCGUCCAGAAAAUCAGCUAGCAAUUAAAAAUGAGAAGCCUAUGAAAGGUAUUGUUCUCAACUCAGUAUCAGAAUUCAGUAUCACGGAUGUACCAUCCAAGGACACCAAAAAUGAGAGAAAACUGUCAGAAUCUAGUACCUCUACACUGUCAUCUCUUAGGAAAUGCAGGACACAGUUCAGCUACCUUGAAGAUGAUGCAUCAGUCCAUGAAGGGGACAGCAAUGAUGAAUGUGCCACACUCAUCUUGGCCUGCUUGUUCUGCCAGUUUUGGGACUUUCUGUUCAUGUUGCCCGAUGUCUGUGAAAAUUGGUUGACCAAUGUGUGCUGCCCUUCCCAUAGAUAUUAUCAAAGUUCAAGCGACAACCCCAACAAUGGUGACUGCGCCUGUAAUUGUGACAUUGAUUGCAGUAUCCUUGAGUCUUGUCAUGAAACCGGCGAGUGUCUAGAACUGGCUCUGGAGAUCUCUCAAGUCUGUUAUCACUAAUGUAAAACCAUUGACAGCAUUUCCACAAACCAUCCCUGCUGAAACAGACAUAGCUCCCUGAAGGAUAUAUUUGUUUAAACAGAAUAAUAACAGUAGUAAUAAUAAUAAUGUAUAAAAUGUAUAAAGAGAUCAUGUUUGCUAGCCAGGGUUGUGUAAAUUUAUCUUGUUAUAAAUCUUGUACAUUCUGUAUAAUACCACAAAGAAGAUUCUGUUUUUAGGAUUUGCUGAAGCUGGGGGAGGAGAAAAGGAAGCCCUGAAAUUACCUGCAUAGUUUUGCAACAGAUUUUACAAAUUGUAUGUUAUAUUUAUUAUUUAGAACAUUUGUCAAUUAACAAAGUACUCUGGGUGGCUCACACAGAGUUCAAACAAUAUGCCAUCAAAACAUUAAAACUAAUAACAAAUCAAUCAAUUCAAUUUCCUGCCUAAAAAUCAGGUAGCCACUACAACUUAAACAGAUUUAAGCUGUCUAA